UGUUCAAACAAUCCACAGCUACCAUUAAAGCCCCUCCCAAUCUUCCCCAAAUUAAUUCCAUUACCCCAAUUAUUAUCACAUCAAUUAAAUCCCUAAUUCUUGUCUCCAUAUAUACAUAUACAUAUAUGUAUAGCUGCAGAUCGAGCCAUUGAUCAGUGUGAAUUUUGGUGUUUUUCUUAAUGCAUAGUGUCGAAUUCGAAUCAGAUAGCUCAUCAAUGGCGGCCAGUGACUUGCCGUUUCUGGGCCACCUGGAGCUGCCGGAAUCCGGCCGGAAAAUCAAAAGAAGAGCCUCCCACACCCUCGGAGAGCUUUUGCAGCGCGUCGGAGACUUCACCGACGACGACGACCACGUCGUCGACGUCACCGACGACCGCCGUGUCUUCCAGCCGGCUUCUGUCCCUUUUCUGCUCUCCUUCCAUAACCUCACCUACAGCGUCGCCGCUCGCCGGAAAAUCAUUCCGGCUUGUUUCCACCGGACCGGAGGUGAAAGUACCGGGCGGGUGCUGAAGACCCGGACCAAAACUCUCCUCAACGAAAUCUCCGGCGAGGCCCGGGAAGGCGAAAUAAUGGCGGUCCUCGGCGCCAGCGGCUCCGGCAAGUCGACCCUGAUCGACGCCGUCGCCGGCAGAAUCUCGCCGGAAAGUUUAAAAGGCUCCGUCACCCUCAACGGCGAAAUUCUCGAAUCGAAGGUCUUAAAAGUAAUUUCAGCCUACGUUAUGCAGGACGACCUCCUCUUUCCGAUGCUCACCGUCGAAGAAACCCUAAUGUUCUCGGCGGAAUUCCGGCUGCCGCCGACGAUGUCGAAAUCGAGAAAAGCAGCCCGAGUUCAGGCCCUAAUCGAUCAGCUCGGCCUCCGGAGCGCCGCCAAGACAAUCAUCGGAGACGAAGGCCACCGCGGCGUCUCCGGCGGAGAGCGCCGCCGCGUCUCCAUCGGCACCGACAUAAUCCACGAUCCGAUCAUCCUCUUCCUCGACGAACCGACCUCCGGAUUGGACUCCACCAGCGCUUUCAUGGUGGUUAAAGUCUUACAGAGAAUUGCUCAGACCGGAAGCAUCGUCAUCAUGUCGAUCCACCAGCCGAGCUACAGAAUCCUCCGCCUCCUCGACCGCCUGAUCAUCCUCUCCGGCGGCCAGACCGUCUACGGCGGCUCGCCGGCGAUGCUGCCCCAAUUCUUCGCCGAAUUCGGGAAUCCGAUCCCUCCCAACGAGGACAAGACGGAAUUCGCCAUGGAUUUCAUCCGCGAGCUCGAAAUCAUCCCCGGAGGAACCAAAAACCUCGCAGAAUUCAACAAAUCGUGGCAGAGAAAUAAGAACCCUAAUUCCGUCAAAACCUCAAUUGGGUCAAAAUUAACCCUCAAGGACGCCAUUAGCGCCAGCAUUUCCAUGGGGAAGCUCGUCUCCGGCGCCACACAUCUCGACUCCACAUUAUCAUCGUCUUCCUCCUCCGUCCCCAAUUACCCAAACCCUAUUUGGAAGGAGAUGUUCAUAAUCGCCAAUCGAUCGGUAACAAACUCCCGCCGUGCGCCGGAGCUAUUCGCCGCCAGGUUCGGGGCGGUUCUGAUCACCGGAAUCAUCCUGGCCACCAUCUUCUGGAAGCUCGACGAUUCCCCCAAAGGCGUACAGGAACGCCUAGGGUUCUUCGCCUUCGCCAUGUCCACGACGUUCUACACCUGCGCCGAAGCAAUCCCGAUUUUUCUAAUGGAGAGAUACAUUUUCAUGAGAGAAACCGCCUACAACGCCUACCGGAGAUCCUCCUACGUCAUCUCCCACGCCAUUCUUUCCAUACCUUCCAUCAUCGUCCUCUCCCUCACCUUCGCCGCCAUAACCUACUGGUCGGUCGGACUCGCCGGAAACACUUCAGGGUUUCUGUUCUACUUCGGGUCCAUCCUCGCGUCGUUCUGGGCAGGCAGCUCGUUCGUGACGUUCCUGUCAGGGAUCAUCUUCAACCUGAUGAUGGCGUACACGGUGGUGGUGGCGAUCCUGGCCUACUUCCUCCUCUUCAGCGGCUUCUUCAUCUCGCGCGAUCGGAUUCCAGCCUACUGGAUAUGGUUCCACUACCUGUCUCUGGUGAAGUAUCCCUACCAGGGGGUGAUGCAGAACGAGUUCGACGAUCCUUCCCGGUGCUUCGUGAGGGGAAUUCAGGUUUUCGACGCAUCGCCAUUGAAGGCGGUGCCGGAGUCGGUGAAGCUGAGCCUGUUGAAGUCGAUGAGCAAGACGCUCGGAGUUAACAUCACCGGAAAUAGCUGCCUGACCACCGGCGCCGACAUACUGAAGCAGACCGGAGUUACGGAUAUCGAUAAGUGGUGGUGCUUGUGGAUCACGGUAGGGUUAGGGUUUGUUUUUAGGGUUUUGUUUUACUUUGCGCUUUUGAUUGGGAGCAAGAACAGGAGGAGGUGAUUUGUUGGAUGGAUUGAUAUGUUGAUGAAUUGAUUAUAUAUGAUUGGGUUUAUGAUUUUGGAUUU